AGCAGAAUUAACCCUGCUACUUAUUUAAUUUUUCAGUUUCUGGGUAACAACGGGCAGAAGAGCACACACGGAGAGGAAACUGUUGUAUAUUCUUUGCCUCAUUCCCCUGGAAUGAAUUUGGUGAAAAAUGGAAUACUUUGAUGGAGCACCGUGGCUUUUUUUGAUGGUGUAUAUUGUUACAUUUGUAGCAGGGCUUCCACUCAACUUGCUGGCCUUUGUUACACUCAUCAGAAAAUUCAGGCAGCAGCUAGUCUCAAUAGACAUCUUACUCUUCAACUUGACUGUGUCUGACCUGUUACUAUUGGCUUUCCUCCCAUUCCGAAUGGUGGAAGCAGCUUCUGGGAUGGAAUGGUUUAUGCCUUAUGUUUUCUGUCCCUUGUCAUUUUUUAUGUAUUUUAGCAGCAUCUACAUUACAUCGCUUUUCCUCAUGGCUAUAAGUGUAGAGAGGUAUCUGGCCGUGGCGUAUCCUAUCAAAUACAAGCUUCUAAAAAACCCAUUGUAUUCAGUAGUGGGAAGUGUCGUCAUCUGGAUCCUUGGGACCAUGCACUGCAGCAUUGUCUACAUUGUGGAGCAUUUUGUACCUGAUAACACAAAUAAAACCAAUGCAACACGUUGCUAUGAUCAAUUCUCACCAGAACAGCUCAAUAUUCUUUUGCCUGUUCGACUGGAGAUGUUUGUAGUUCUCUUUUGUAUCCCUCUCCUUGUUACUGUCUUCUGCUACAUCAACUUUGUCAAAAUCAUGGUGGCCCAGCCCCGCAUUCAGAAGGAGAAGAAGAGAAGAGCCAUUGGUUUAGUGGUGGCCACACUCAUCAACUUCAUCCUUUGUUUCAUGCCUUACAAUGUAUCACAUGUGGUGGGCUUCAUGGAGGGUCAGAGCCCACUCUGGAGAACAUAUGUUCUUCUUCUAAGCACAUUCAAUUCCACAGUGGACCCUGUGAUUUUCUACUUCUCUUCUGCCUCCUUUAAAAAUAUGUUUUUAGAGGGCCUGCUCCAGGUAAUGAACAAAAUACAUUUAGAAAGCUGUUGGGGCUCAAGUAUGGAACGUUGCAAGAAAGCAAAAGAGGAAACUUAUGAAAGUCAUGGCUCAUAA